UAAUUUUUUUAAUUAACAAAAUAGCGACCUCAGGAAAUUUUUUCUCUUUUCGUUGGGGAAAAAAUCGAAAUUUUUGGAAAAAAAAAUCCUUCGAUCAGUCCUAAGUUAUUAUGUAUUCUAAAAGCUGUAUAAAUUUCAUUAAAUCUACUCAGCAGUUUUCGAGUUACAGUUGUCACCAGUUCAAAAAACAUAUUUUUGAUAAAAACCCAUUUUCACCCGAGCGUUUUGGAGUGCCCGAGCGCUCUGUGUUAUUUGUCGAAUAACUCGAAAAGAAAUUGUCGAAUCAACUUCAAAUUUUCAGAGAAUAUUUUUAAGAUAUUAUAUUUAAAGAAAAUGAAAAAAAAAUGAAUUUUUGAAAAUCCUGACUACUCCAACCCCUUAAAUAUCCAACCUAAAUAGCAAUAAUUUAGUAAAAUUAGUUUUGUAAAUAUUUACUAAUUCACUAUAAGUCUUACAAUGUACGAGAAUAUCGGCGAAUGAUCGCUAAGCUUAGAGCCCCCAUUGUAAUAGUAAAAUUAGAGUGUUUCUCACGAAUUAUGUGAGCAUUCGAAAGUCAUGCAAAACGAAAAAAAAAGGACAUAUAAAAAUGUUCACGUAAUAUUAUUUUGUCAUACGACUGUAUCUACUUCAACUUUUUAACAAAUAUUUCGACACAAAACUUGUUAAAAAAAUUGCAAAGUUCAAAGUUCAAAUUCUUCUUUACUUCCUUAAUUAGUAUUCGCAAGAAGAAAUAUAUGUAUAGUUGUACAUUUCUUCAAUAUUGUACGCACUCAUCAAUAAACAGUGUUAAUUUUUUCGAAAAUGAUACAACUUCUAAUACUUUUUGAACUUCUAAAACGUGAAAAGUUCAAGCAUAGCUUUUAAUGUUUUUUUAUGUAAAAUUUCGCUCGUAAGCCUUUAUGUAGUAAUAAUAUAGAAUUAAGAACAAUCUUCAAUUUUCUAAAGCCAUCAUUACUACACUUUGAUCUUGAAUAUUUUUUACUUUGAUCUGCUCUCUACGAAUAUAGCAAGCUCCUUAAAACAAUCUCAAGCAGACCAAGCCAUAAAAGUAAAUUGACAUCGAGGCGUUAAAAAAAUUUCCUUGAUUUUUUACGGAUGUAAGUUACCAAAAAAAAAAAAUACUAGAUUUACAAACUAUAAACUUUCGCAAAAAAAUAUUGAGUUAAUGUGUUUCGACUGGUCAUUGCAAAGCGCCAAAAUGUAUGCUUAUUGAACUUGCACACUGGACUGCGCCGACCGAGCAUGGAGCGGUAUGUACACUAACACGGCCGCAAAGCAGUGAACAUAAAUUGAAUUGCAUUGAAAGCAUAUUUUCAAAACGCGGUGAGGAAGAUGCGGAUUCAUUGGACAUUAAACCACCACAAGCGAACGUACUGCACUCGCGCGACUCCACAGGCUCCCGACGCAAAGACAAGUCGUCCAAAGAGAAAAAACAUUCCAAAGAGAAGAAACAUCGCAGCGAGCGAGAACGUGGAAGUGGUCGAGAGCGUGGCGAAAGGGAGCGCGAUCCACGCGAUUAUGACACACGGGAGCCGCAUGGCAGAGAGCGCGACAUGCGCAACGAUCGCGGCGGAGGUCCACGUCCAGGCGAUAUGGAGCGUGGACGAGAUCAUCGGCGUGGUGGUGAGGAACGCGAAGAACUGUUACGUUACCAUCAACGCGGUAGCGGUUAUGAGCGUGAUGACGUUAUCAACAGAGAUAUGAUGUCAAAUAGCGAACGCCGUUAUGCCAAGCAAUAUGAACCACACAACAAUGAGGUGCGGCGAAAUAGUGGCGGCGGCGGAGGUGGUGCUUAUCAUCAACAAUAUCAACAUUCACAUAUGCAACGUCCAAGGCAAGAUUAUUAUGAACGCGGCGCUGGUGGCGGUGGCGGCGGCGGCUACCAUCAUGGCGGUUUGGACUACUAUAACAAUCGACACCAACAACAGCCGCAACAAUACGCUGUUGGUGGCAAGCAUUCACAUCUUGAGUACAAUGAUGUCAACUAUGAGGUACAACGAGAACGUCACAAGUAUACAAACUACGACGCGCCGAACGAUUCGGAGAGCAUCGAACAAGAUUUGCGUUCGCGGCUGCUAAGUAAAAGACAUAAAUAUGUCAAAGGUAGCAGCGGCGAUGUCAUCGAGCUGACAGAAAGUUACGAGACAACGUCUACAGUGCAGCGGCAGCGUUAUAGCGAUGGCGAGCGUACCGAACGUUAUCGGCAGAAACGUGAAAAGGUGCGAGAAUCCGUAAUUGAGGUGCUCGACAGUCCGGAGUUGGCUGAAGUGGAGGGCGCGACCACAGAAGAAGGAGAAGCGCAUCGCCAACGACGCAAGCAUAAAAGGCGCAACAAAGAGCGUGAGGUGGUGCAAGUGGAGACGGUUGUGACGACGGAACGGGUCGAGCGCAUAGAGAAGCGUAAAUCGCCUGAAGAUCCGGAAGUAUUGUCGCGACGUGAGAAAAUACUAGCUGUGGAACGUGAGAAGGAAAAACGCAAAGAGAAAGCACGUGAAGAAUUGGAAGCAAGACGUCGUGCUAGAAAUGCGCUUAGUCCAAGCGCAGUGGCAGCUUCGGUUACUGCUGGACUCAACGUUAUGAAACGUAAAAAACAAGAUGAAGCUGCGGUGGCGGUGAAGGUUAAACGCGCAAAAAAAACUGUAGCUGCAAAAGAGCGUAGUGACGAAGAGGAGGAGGGCGAGGCAGUAGACAGUGAUGACGAAGAUGAGGAUAAUGACAGCGAGGAUAUGGAGACGGAUAGUGGCAGUGGUGAUAGUGACAGUGAUAGCGAAAGCCAUUCUGAGGUGGAAGAUGCUGAGGGACGUCACGACAAGCGACACCGCAAACAUAGCAAAGCAGCGAAGCGGAAAAGGAAGGAAAGACAUCAUAACCACAGGAUGCGUAACAAUGGCGUUGAUAAUGACGACAAUACGGAUGACGAUGACGAUGACGACGAUGAGGAUGAUGAAGAUGACAUAGAACUACCCGAGAGUCCACUCUCUAUUGGUGAGCUUUCGAAAUCGCCACGGCGUCAACAUCGCACAAAGAAACACAAGAAGAAGAAAGGCAAAAAGCAUAUAGGAGACGAUGAUGAAGAUGAUGGCGAUCAACGUUUAACACGUUCGCGUUCUCAUUCCGCCCAUUCACUAUCCCACUCACGUUCUGUUUCACGCUCUCGUUCGCAAUCACCACGCCGAAAGAGCCUACACUCACGUUCACGUUCCCAUUCAGGUUCACGUGACUCUUCACGACACCGCACAACACAUUCACGUUCGCGUUCACGUACUCGUUCUCGUUCAGAUUCGCAUUAUGAUUCACGUUCAGAGUCCUCACGUUCGCGUUCACGUUCCCGUUCGCGAUCUGUAGGUACGCGUUCCCGUUCGAAGUCACGCACACGUUCACGCUCACGUUCAGAAGAACGCGACAUGAAGUCCGCACAUAAAUCAGAGGCAGAAGCCGCUACCGCUGGUAGUAAGCGUCGUGUAGACGGUGGCAGCCGAGACGACUCGCCAGCACGCGAUGACAAAGGUGCACCACUGCCAGACUAUUUCCCGGGCAUACAGGGAUGUCGUUCUGUUGAAGAAUUCCAAUGCCUGAAUCGCAUUGAGGAGGGCACCUACGGUGUGGUGUACCGCGCCAAGGAUAAACGUACCAACGAGAUAGUUGCAUUGAAGCGCUUAAAAAUGGAGAAGGAAAAGGAAGGCUUCCCCAUAACAUCGUUACGCGAAAUCAAUACUUUACUAAAAGGCCAGCACCCAAACAUAGUGACGGUGCGCGAAAUAGUUGUUGGUUCCAAUAUGGAUAAGAUUUUCAUUGUUAUGGACUAUGUGGAACAUGACCUCAAAUCGUUGAUGGAGACGAUGAAGGCGCGCAAACAAUUCUUCCUGCCCGGCGAGGUGAAAUGUCUGGCGCAGCAAUUAUUGCGUGCGGUUGGCCAUUUACAUGACAAUUGGAUAUUACAUCGUGAUUUGAAGACCUCCAAUUUGUUGCUCUCGCACAAGGGUGUUCUCAAAGUGGGUGAUUUCGGUCUGGCUCGCGAGUAUGGUUCACCAUUGAAAAAUUACACAUCAUUGGUUGUCACACUGUGGUAUCGUGCACCGGAGCUAUUGCUCGGCACACUGGAAUAUUCAACGCCCAUCGACGUCUGGUCGGUGGGUUGCAUUUUUGGCGAAUUCCUACAGAUGGGGCCGCUAUUUCCCGGCAAAACGGAGACAGAUGAACUAAACAAAAUUUUCAAGGAGCUCGGCACACCGAACGAACGCAUUUGGCCCGGUUAUAAGGAUUUGCCGAUCGUUAAGAAUAUGUUAAGUCAGAACUCCCAAUUCGCCGACUAUCCAGUUUCAAAUUUACGUAGGCGUUACGCCGACAAAACCACCGACUUAGGCAUUGACAUGCUACAGGGUCUGCUUACCUAUGAUCCCAAGAAAAGACUGACCGCUGAAGCGGCGUUAAAACACAACUACUUCAAUGAGCUGCCUCUGCCAAUCGAUCCAUCUAUGUUUCCUACCUGGCCGGCGAAAAGUGAAUUGGGUGCACGCAAAGCGCUCGCCUCAUCACCCAAACCACCCUCGGGCGGUUCGCAGUUUAAACAAUUGGGUCGUGACGAAAUCAUUGUGGGCAGUAGUGGCGGCGGCAGCAGUGCGGCCGGUGUUGCCAAUAGCAAUAGUAAAGUCAUAUCGGGCAUUAUAACAGGUAAUAAGAAAACUGCUGCGAAUACUGGUUUCGUACUGAAUGCAGGCAUUGAUCAGCGCCAAUUGGCCAUGGGUCCGGGAUUCAAUUUGAAAUUUUAAUAAACCAUUUGCAACUCACUAUUGUUAACUGAUAUUUGGGUGUAAUGCGUUUAAUAAUAUGACUAUUGCUUUUACAAUAUAUAUUUUAGUCAUUAAUUAACCGUUCUAGUUAAUUACGAGCAUAAGAUCCAGUUUUAUUAAUUUUCGUUAAAAACAAUUCUUAUAAUUAUUCUUAUAUAUAUACAUACAUAUAUAGCUCGUAAGCUACAGUCCAGAAAAAUUGUUAAAACCGUCACUUGUAUCAUUUGAAUAUACAAUUAUUAUUAUUAAAGAAGAAGUUCAACUAUAUGGGCAAACUAAACGAUUUUACCAAAAAUGAAAAGAAAAGAAUCCUUGUGAGCUUAAUGUAAAAGAAAAAUUUACUGGUAAUUUUAGAAACUAUUAAUAUUAAUAUCUAAAUAACAUUAGAUACAAAUUUAUCGUUGAAAUUGUACAAAUUACAUACAUACAUUACGAGUUGGCUGCAGAUUUACACCUAAAGAUUUACAAAGGCAGUUCGAGUCAGACAAGCAAAAUAAUCAUAAAUACAAGAAAUAGAACAAUAGUUGGAUAGGUUUAAGCAAUUUUUGAGUAAAAAAAAACAAUGUUCUAGAUGUAAUAAAUACUUAACUACAGAAGACCGGAUGUAAAAA